AUGGAGGGCUUUGCCGAGUCGGAGCCGAAACUGGCGGUUGACUUCCUGAUGGCAGCUAUCGCACCAUGCGUGCUGCAGAAGCGUGUCAAGGAGCUCAUGAAGCUCAACGAGAACCGUCUGUUCAAGAAGGACGCCCGUGCAUUCAAAACGUGGUUGUCUGAAUACAUGAAGCGAUAUGGCGAGUUCGAGCCGUUGAUACAAGCCAUCAACGUGGACAAGGUUCCGUUGACCAACUUCCAGCCCGUGAAUAGCAAGGCUGCCUGCUCGAAGUGUGCACCUGGCGAGGCCCAGCUGUUGAUGAAUCGAGCCAAGAUCGUAUGGGCUGAUGCCCGAGAAGGCCGGGCUGUUGCCGUGGUUAAGAAUGUGCGAGUCGUCGAACCGAGUGAAGAGACGGCCAUUAUGUGCGCGGCCCGAGUGGUGUGCACGGCUUCCCAGGCCGUGGCUUUGGAUGCGUCCUUCGACAGCGGUGCUGAUCAAAGCGUUAUCCCACCAAACACCCUCCGUAUGCUGCAGGAUGCGGGCCGUGACGUGACCGUGAUGGACUUGUCAGCCCCUGUUGCGGUUCGUGGCUUUGUCGGCCCGAGCCAUACGGUGACUCAAGAAGUCAAGUUGGACCUCAAGUUCGACACAGACGCGGGUCCCCUGAUGCUGUCCAAUGUGAAGUGCUGGUUGUCGCUCGGCAACUUACCUCAUGGUGUGGGCGACAUAUUGUUGAGUCGGCCCAUUAUGUACAAGCUCGGGUACGAUCCCCAUUCCAUACUCCGAGAAGCUGCUGCGGUGAGCAGCGAGUACGACAUAGCCGAUGUGGAAUCAACAAGCGGUGUUGUCAAGGCCGUCAUGCUAGCUACCAAGCAAGAACUGACCGACGACCUAGCCGAUGAGGAACAGGUGUUGGUGCCAAUGGAAUUGGCCGCCUUUUUCCCCGACAUGACCCCAGUUGACCCGAUGGUGGAACAAGCCAAGGUCCAGCUGGUAUUGGACACCCGUGUGUCUGACGCGUUGGCAGCCGGGUGUGGGCCGGAGUUUGCCGUUGUAUUGGCCCAACUCCUUACCAAAUAA